CUCCUCGGGCUCUCCCUUCUCCUUCCCCAACCCAUGCCUCCUCUCCUCUCCGUCGUCGUCGUCGUCCUCCUCCUCCUCCUCCCUCAGACCCCUUCUCCCCCUCCCCCUUCCCACCAUGGCCCCACCCUUCCCUUUGAGCUCUCCGCCUCGCCAUAGGCUCCGAUCCUGCCGCGCCCUCUCCUCUAGGGUUUCUGCUUCCUGGGUGAGCUCCGCCGCCCCGUUCUAGGGCUUCUCCUCGCCGUUCUCGGGCUUUUGGUGCGGAUCGGAGGGAACCUAACUUCCCCCUCUCCCACAACCCCCCCGGAUUUUGCGGCCAUGGAGAGAUUCUUGCUGAACCUUAACCCUUUCCGCUUCAAGCUUCUCGGUGCCCCACUCCCGUUUCCUCCAGCCCUGUAGGCUUAGGAACUUGCCGUUUUGGGUGGUGGGUUUUGGUCGUAUUAUGGCUUCUCUAACCCUAGCUCUGUGUUGUUUCCUCUCGGAAUCUCUCACGCUCGCUAACUGUUAAGAGAGAUCCUUGUUUGGGAUGAAACCUUGAGGCGAUUUGGCGCUCGGUGGAAGUGGAAAUGGGGGAAAGUUGUCCGGAGUUUGUGAAAUGGAGGGAGGAGUUCGUCUCGCAGGAGCGCGGGAGCCGGGUGGUUCAUUACUACCUUGAGGACUCUUCCGGCGGCUCGCAUCUCGCUGUUGUCGGGACGGAGAGGAGUCUGAGACAUAUGCUUUACGUCGUCUCGGAAGAGUUCUAUAGAACUUAUGCGUCGGAGAAAUUGGUGGUCUCUAGCCUCAAAUGGAGGUCGAGAAGAGAGGUUGUAGAUUGGCUUGCUUCGUUUCUCUCAGCGAAGGGCCUGAUUCAAAGGUCGCAGAAGUAUGAGCUCACAUGCCCUCUUGGUGCUGCAGUUGAGUCAAACGGAUUCGGUAAUACUGGAGGCUAUCUGUGCAAACAUGCGAAUAAAGGGUUCAACUCCGACAUUACUUGGUCUGGCAUUUCCUGGACUUGUGGGAAGCAACUCCAGCAUUAUCAAGCAUUUUGUCGCAAUGGAACUACCAUAGCUGCCCAUUCCUUUGUGCUUGUCAUGUCUGAGGAGGAAAACCGCUAUCUUGCAUAUUUGGAGGAUAUGUAUGAGGAUAAAAAAGGGCAAAAGAAGGUUAAAGUGCGGUGGUUUCAUCAUAAUCAAGAAUUUGCUUGUACAAUACCCCCACCUUCUCCCCAUCCCAGUGAAGUGUUCAUAACGCCUUAUUCUCAAGUCAUCAGUGUGGAGUGUGUGGAUGAUAUUGCAACAAUUUUAACUCCUGAUCACUAUGAAAAGUGUUUGGCUUCACUGCCCCUUUCUUCGAAUUCCUCAGGAAUUCGGUUAUGCUUUCGUCAGUACAGCAAAAAUAAAUUCAAACCCUUUGAUUUAAGAACCUUGCGUGGAUAUUUUAAUCAAUCUGCCCUUUUGUGCCUUAGUACUUUGUUGGAGAAGGAAGUGGAAGGAUCAGGCUGGGGGAAAAUUACGAAGAAUGGUGGACCCAAAAGGAUUAAGUUUGUCAAGCAGCAUAAUAGACUCUAUGCGAGCUGUUUGGGUACUAGAAUCGUCAGCCGUCCGGGCCGUAUAACAAACUACGGGCUGGCUUAUCAAAAAUUUAAGCAUGAGAAACUAAUUAGAAGGCCUCUAUCACUGAAGUUUGUUGGGCCACACAGUCAACUGAAUCCACCUUAUAAAGUUGGUGAGAAGAUAGAGUUGCUGUGUCAGGACAGUGGCAUUAGAGGAUGCUGGUUCAAGUGUACUGUGCUACAAUUAUCACAUAAGAGAUUGAAGGUUGGAUAUGAUGAUCUCUUGAAUGCUGAUGGUUCUGGCAGUUUGGAGGAAUGGGUACCUGCUUUUAGGCCAGCAGCUCCUGAUAAGCUGGGAAUGAGAUGUUCGAACCGUCUUACAGUUCGUCCAUGUCCUACAUGUGUUCGUUUGCCAGAUGACAUUGUUUCUAAAACUGGAACUGCUGUUGAUGUCUGGUGGAAUGAUGGCUGGUGGGAAGGCGUCGUUGUUGGUGUAGACAACUGUCGGGAUGAUAACAUACAUGUUUAUUUCCCAGGUGAAGAUGUCCUUCUAGUAUGCCAACGGAAAAAUGCAAGGGUUUCAAAAGACUGGGUAGGGAACAGAUGGGUUGAUAUCGAAGCUAAGCCGGAUAUCUUAUCCACAGUACCUGCAAUGAAUCAUGGAACAAGGAUGACAUUAUGCUCAAUCUCCACCAAAAGGGCAGAAUCGGGCAGUUCUGCUAUGUCCGACCAAGAAGCUGCCGCCCUGCAAACCAAUUCAAACGGAGAAACUAAGCAAGCAGAAACCAGUUUGAAUGGUAAUAGUUCCAUGCAUCUGGAAAAUGAGAAACAAACUGAUCUUGGGAAGCGCCCUAGGGAUGAAAGUGUGGAAGAAAACUGCGACGAGGAAUUAGGUGGUGAGAAUUGAGGUUUCCAAGAGUCGGGUCUUUGGUAUUAGGUUUCCUGUACAUAGAUUGAUGAAUAUAAGGUCUGGUAAAGUUACACUGACACGGUUUAUGAGGAUUAGAGCUAAUUAAUUGCAAUUAGUUUAGGAGAAGUACGGACACGGCUGUUAAAGUGACCUGGAGUGCGGCUUUUCCGUGAAACCUUAGCUAUAGUUCUUGAUGUCAUUCUGCAAAAAGUUAAAAUUGCACAACGGCCUCCUUUACUAGCUAGCUUGGGGUGUUUGUGCUAUUGUGUCCUGAUAUAGUUGUAGCAUGUGUUUGGGCAAGUACUUCCAACUUUGGAUUAACCUUUGAAGGUAGUGCUGUUUAUGACAUCUAAUCGAAGUGUAGUGAUUUCAUAUAUUGAUCAUUUUAAUGGUUUCUCUCGUCUAUGGUGCUCAGUUUUGUUUA